AUGAUGAUUUCUUAAUCAAUUAUUAUUUGUGAUAAAAACUAUGAGUAAAUUAAUGAAUUUUAAGCUUUAUCUGGUUGGAUUGAUUAACCUAAAAACAAGGCCUAGUUUUACUUGUAAAAUAGUCAAAGCGUAACUCUGAUGAACAAUGAUUUCUAAAAGUGUGGUUAUUCCUCUCAAGGGGGCUUGUUUUCAUUGUAGAAAACUACAUUGACAGACUAUAAUUCAAUUUAUAAAAAUAUUUCAGGGCAAUACGGAGGAGUUUUGUUUGCGCAAGACUCAAUCAUAUCUAUAACUCAAUCAAAAUUUAUAGGGAAUUUAGCAAAAACAGGUGGAGUUUUUUAUAUAGUAUCAAAUUCAAACUUAAGUAUAUCCUAUUGCUAAUUCUAACAAAAUCAAGCAGUGUAAUCAGCUGGCGUAUUAUAUGUAUCAACAUAAUCAAUCUUCAAUGUAAAAGGAAGUAUAUUUGAAUAAAAUAAAGCUGAAGAAAAUUCAGUAAUUGAAGUUCUGAACACUUUUCUAUAAGAAAAUGUAAUAAUAAUUAAUUGUCAAUUCUUGGAUAAUGUUGCAGCAAAGAAUACAAUAUCAAUGAUUUACUCUAAUGUUUAAAUUAAAGAUACUUUAUUUAAUAAUAAUUACGCUAAAUACAGAUCUAAAAAUUUGCUUUUGGAAUUUGUUAAUAUUACAAUUUAAAACACUAUAUUUCAAAAUAAGCCAGAAAAUAAACUUGCACUAAUCAAUGAUGAAACAUCUGGGGGUGCUUUAUAUAUUUUAGGAGAUAGCGUCAUUAGAAUUUCGCGAUCAUCGUUUAUAAAUAAUCAAGCAAAUUCUAAAGGAGGAGCAAUAUAUACCUCUGGUUUCGAAAGUAUCUUUAUUGGUGAAGGAACGAAAUUCAUAAAUAACUCAGCUGUCGAAAAUGGAGAAGAUAUCUAUGUCACAAACUCUCUAAAUAUGUUGACACUGAACAAUGUCUUUGUUUAAAAUCUUAAGUCGAAAAAUUCAAUAUAUAUCGAAUAGGCUAUUUUAAAUGCUGAAAAUUUAGUAAUGAAAGAUUUAAAUUAGAAUUAUGAAUCUAAGAUGGGCGCUGGAAUAUUUUGCAAUUAUUGUAAAAGUUUCAAAAUUAAAUCUUCCUAGUUUAUUAAUUUAAAAAGCAUUGUGGGUGGAGCAAUUUCUAUAAUCGAAAUUGACAUUAACAAAGGGAAGACUUAAGAAUAGAAAGAAGAAAAGUUUUAUAUUACCGAUUCUCUAUUUUAGAACUGCACUGCUCAAAUUGGAGGGGCUAUCUAUGCUGAAAAUGCACAAUCAGUUAAGAUAGUUAAUUCUACUUUUUCUGAAAAUAAGGCUUUAAUUGUUAAAAAUAGUCUCCUUUAAAUAACAAACAAAGGGUCAGGAGGAGCAGUAUACUACACUUGCAACAGCUAGUAGCUUAAUUGCAAAAUGAAAUUUGAAGGCUUCAAUAUUUUUUAAGACAAUUUAGCUGAAGUAAAAGGUGGAGCACUAUUUUGGGAUUAGCUUGAGCCAGAAUUCAGUAGAAUAUUAAAAUAAAAUGAUUGA